UUGGCUUUUUGUUUUCGCAGGCUUAUGUUUGUUCAUCACCAAGUUUGCAAGCGCUUGCUUUGAGUCUCCAUAGCCAGUCAUGACAGCUGGAACCGGAUCUGCGUCACUUAGGGCUUAACUCGAAGCUGUGAGUGGUGUCCGUCGGGGGAGGGAGACUGGGGAAGAGGUGGAAAUCAGAGUUGUUGGGUGUUUCGAUUUUCGUCAGGAUUUGAGGUUUUGUCUGUGAGAAAAGAGAUUGAAGAGCUGGACUCUUCUCACGUGAAGCCGCUUGCCUUCCUGACUUAGGAGGUGGAGAUAUGGAGGACGCUUUUGCGAGAUCCACCGAAGAGGUCUUAGCUUUCUUCAAUGUGGAUCCCGCACGAGGCCUCAAUGACACCCAGGUUGAAAAGAAUCGGGCGAUGCAUGGACUGAAUGUCCUACCAGUUGAGGAGGGCUCUCCUUUUUGGAAACUGGUGUUGAAGCAAUUCGAUGACCUGCUGGUGAAAAUAUUAAUCGUUGCAGCAAUAGUUUCAUUUUUUCUAGCUCUCGUAAAUGGCGAGACUGGUUUCACUGCAUUUGUUGAGCCUGCAGUAAUUUUACUGAUACUAGCAGCAAAUGCAGCAGUUGGUGUUCUUACGGAGACUAAUGCAGAGAAGGCUCUGGCGGAAUUGAAGGCAUAUCAGGCAGAGGUUGCAACAGUCUUAAGGAAUGGAAUGUUAUCCAUAAUUCCGGCAUCAGAGCUGGUUCCUGGGGACAUUGUCGAAGUUUCAGUCGGUUGCCAAGUUCCAGCAGACUUGCGUAUUGUGGAGAUGUUCAGUAAUCAACUACGUGUUGAUCAAGCCAUCUUGACAGGAGAAAGCUGUUCUGUUGCAAAAAGCUCGGAGCGGACUGUGGUACAGAAGGCUGUAUAUCAAGACAAGACGAGCAUUCUCUUCUCAGGUACAGUAGUGACAGUGGGGCGAGCAAGAUCAGUCGUUGUUGGUGUCGGCUCAAAUACCGCAAUGGGAAAGAUUCGAGAUGCCAUGUCAGAGUCCGUGGCUGAGAUGACUCCCUUGAAGAAGAAACUUGAUGAGUUCGGGUCAUUUCUGUCUAAGGUCAUUGCAGUAGUGUGUGUACUAGUCUGGGUGGUAAACAUUGGUCACUUCCGAGACCCCGCUCAUGGAGGCAUCUUGCGUGGAGCCAUCUACUACUUCAAGAUUGCCGUUGCACUAGCAGUUGCUGCAAUUCCUGAAGGUCUUCCGGCUGUGGUGACAACCUGCUUGGCCCUUGGCACCAAAAGAAUGGCUAAGCUGAAAGCGAUUGUGCGGACUUUGACAUCUGUGGAGACUCUUGGAUGUACAACAGUAAUUUGUAGUGACAAAACUGGCACAUUGACAACGAAUAUGAUGUCGAUCUCGAAGGUAUGUGUGGUGCGUUCCGCUCAUCGAGGGCCUGUUACCGCAGAAUACAAUGUCACUGGCAGCACUUAUGCUCCUGAAGGCAUCAUCCUGGAUGGAGCUGGUUUGAAGUUGGAGCAUCCAGCGGAUUUACCGUGCUUGUUGCAUCUCGCAAUGUGCUCUUCGCUUUGCAACGAAUCAUCUGUACAGUACAACAUAGAACGGGGAACUUACGAAAAGAUUGGGGAAUCAACAGAAGUGGCUCUUCGCGUCCUUUCUGAAAAGGUGGGGCUGCCAGGAUUUGACUCGAUGCCCUCAGCUUUGACAAUGUUGAGCAAGCAGGAGCGCGUUUCUUACUGCAAUCAUUAUUGGGAACAACAGUUUAAUAAGCUCUCCGUACUGGAUUUUUCAAGGGAUCGUAAAAUGAUGAGUGUGCUUCGUUCACGGAAGCAGCAAGAAAUUUUGUUCUGCAAGGGUGCUCCUGAAUGCAUCUUAUCAAGAUGUACUAGUGUACUCUGCAAUGACGAUGGGGCUGCUGCACCCAUGACUGCUGAGAUACGUGCAGAAUUGGAGGAGAGAUUGUACAGUUAUGGGCAGAAGGAAACUUUGAGGUGCUUAGCGCUUGCACUAAAACCUAUGCCAAUGGGCCAGCAAUCAUUGACCCUAGCGGACGAAUGUAAUCUUACUUUUGUUGGACUGGUCGGUAUGAUGGAUCCACCAAGAGAUGAAGUAAGACAUGCAAUUGCAACUUGCAAGUCUGCGGGUAUUCGUGUCAUUGUGGUUACGGGAGACAACAAGGCUACAGCAGAAUCAGUAUGUCGCCGUAUCGGAGUCUUCGAUCCACUCGAUGACUUGACAGGAAAAUCUUACACUGCCACAGAGUUCGAAGAGCUGACGCCUUCGCAGCAAGCAGUAGCAAUACAGAAGCUAUCCCUUUUCUCAAGGGUGGAACCUUCACACAAAAGCAUGCUAGUGGAGGUACUCAAGCGUCAAAAUGAGGUGGUAGCCAUGACCGGCGAUGGUGUUAACGAUGCUCCAGCCUUGAAGAAGGCUGACAUAGGAAUAGCUAUGGGUUCUGGGACCGCAGUUGCUAAGAGUGCUUCCGAUGUGGUUCUGCUGGACGACAACUUCAGCACUAUCAUAGAUGCUGUCGCAGAAGGUAGAGCCAUAUACAACAACACAAAACAGUUCAUCCGCUACAUGGUUUCUUCAAAUAUUGGAGAAGUUGUGUGCAUCUUUGUUGCUGCUGCACUAGGCAUGCCGGAAACACUAGUCCCUGUACAAUUGCUGUGGGUUAAUCUAGUGACUGAUGGACUACCAGCUACAGCGUUAGGGUUCAACAAACAGGAUCGUAAUGUCAUGAUGGUUCGCCCACGCAAGAUGGAUGAAUCCAUUGUAAAUGGGUGGCUAUUUUUUCGGUAUGUAGUGAUUGGAGCAUAUGUAGGUUUGGCAACGGUGGGAGGAUUUGCAUGGUGGUUCUUGUAUUACGAAAAUGGUCCUCAGCUGCAUUGGGCAGAGUUGGUCAAAUUUGAUUCUUGUGUUGAAGGGCAGGCUCGUUACUCUUGUAGCAUCUUUCAAGAUCGUCAUCCCUCCACCAUCUCCAUGAGCGUACUCGUAGUGGUCGAGAUGUUCAAUGCACUGAACAAUUUGAGUGAAAAUCAAAGUCUUUUGGUUUUGCCUCCUUGGAGUAAUCUGUGGCUGCUUGGAGCCAUUGCUGUUUCCAUGAUUUUACACAUGCUCAUCCUUUAUGUUCCUGCUUUAUCUUUAAUGUUCUCGGUGACGGCGCUGACAUUUUCUGAAUGGAAGGCUGUAUUUUUGUUUUCAUUUCCCGUUAUCCUAGUUGAUGAGCUGUUGAAAGUUUUCUCCAGACGUGUAAGAAUUCAAAUUCCGACUUUCAGAGUCAGAACCGACUAUUUGUUACCAAAGAGUCAGACACGGCAGCAGUAGUUGCUCUUCUUGAAAUUGUAAAGUAGUUUGGUGAGCAACAGAUAACGAAGCAUGUUUCUUUCGAUUUAAAACCCAUAGUUUAGAUGAUCGGCUUAGUUCAGGCGAAUUGUAGGUUUGUAACAUCAGAUACAGCUUUUGAAUAUCAGCCAUUCAUUUCCUCAUGCCAACAUCAAUAAGAUAAUCGUUUAGAACUUCUCUUCAACUUCGUCUUCCAAGUAGCAUACCCAUAGGAUCACCCUACAGUUUGUUCAAGGAACAACCCAAAAUUUUCAACUGAAGAUGUGUAUCUUGGGAAAGAGAUGUAAUGCAACAAAAUGAAAAGAGAUAUAUUUUUUAAAAUUCAAUUUAA